AUGCAAGUUUUCUUCACCUCUCAACGGCAAGCAUUGGACGUCCUAGUGGAAGCACUGUGCUUUCGAUCUCCUGGGUGUCUUCCACAACUCCAAGACACCGCUAGUGGUUCCUGCGCAAGGCAUUUUUCAGUCAUGAGGGGUGAUAGAACUUAUGCCUACGCGGGACUUUUAAUUAAGCUUCGUCCUCCUGGUAAGCGGUUGAAAGUGGGGCCAUAA